UUCCUUUUCGAUUUUCUUUUUUCCAUAAAUUAAUUAUCGAUGAUAAUUUCCAAUUUUGGUUCCUGUAAUUUAGUGUUCCACUUUGGGUUGGACUCUUUAAAAAUUGGCUGCUUUGUUUUGCCUUUUAUCUUUUGUUCCUUGUGGGUUCUGUUUUUCAGAAGCUUUCUGAGUUCGUCUUAUUUUGUGGAUUAUCCUCGGUUUCAAAGCUUUUUUCUUUCGGGGUUUUGAUUAUCAGACUGGAAGGAAUAUCACCAUGUUGGAGUAAGCAUUGAAGAAAUUGGCCUGGGUCAUAUAUCCAGGAACCUGGAGGAAGUUUGAGACGUUAUAUCACUGAGGUGUAAUUAUGUCCAACAUGGAUUCGAAAUGUAAAGGUAUAACUUGGGUUGGGAACUUGUAUCAGAAGUUUGAAACUAUGUGCCUGGAAGUGGAAGAUAUUGUGUGCCAGGAAACAACUAAGUAUGUUGAAAAUCAAGUGCAGUCGGUUGGUGUAAGUGUUAAAAAGUUUUAUGCUGAACUUAUGGAAGAUUUUCUUCCGCCAUCCUCUGAAGAUCCUGAGAAGUCAAAGGAAGGUACCGAUGAGAAUCCUAUAGAGGAGUCGCCUCCGGUCAAGGAAUUUAAAAAAGUUGCCCCUGAUGGGAAAAAUUUGAGCCAUGGAUCAUCUUUCACGGUAUUCCCAAAUAUAGUCCCUUCGCCUCCAUCUUCUGAAGAUCCUGAGAAGCCAAAGGAAGGUAUCGAUGAGAAUCUUAUAGAGUCACCUCCGGUCAAGGAAUUGGAAAAAGCUGCCUCUAAUGGGAAAAAUUUGAGUCGUGGAUCAUCUUUCAGGGUAUUCCCAAAUAUAGUCCCUUUGCCUCCAUCUUUUGAAGAUCUUGAGAAGCCAAAGGAAGGUAUUGAUGAGAAUCCUAUAGAGGAGUCACCUCUGGUUAAGGAAUUGGUUUUGGGGAAAAAUUUGAGUCGUGGAUCAUCUUUCAGGGUAUUCCCAACUAUAGUCCCUUUGCCUCCAGCUUCUGAAGAUCCCAUUAAAGGAACAGAUACUGACUUAACUAUAGAACAAAAUGAAGAUAGCUCUGUGUUAUCUGGAAAGCUAAAAUUUGGGGCUGAAGAAUUUACUGUAGAGGAUAAACUGUCUUCUUCUAAGGUUUUGGAAGGAAUUGCUCCUUCAGGGAAUGAUUUCAGUGGGGUAUCGUUAUUAACUGGACUCCACAAUGAAAAUAAUGACAGAACAUGUAAUACUACAGCUACAAUGUCCACCCUCACUUUAGUUGAUGCCGCGCAAUGUAAUUCCACCCAAGGAACGGGGAAGAUUUGUAGUGCGCUUUUAGAUGCAACUGAGUGUAUUUCUGAUGCUUCAUUUGCUUCUUCAGCAUCUUUGGUUCUUCCAGCUUCAUUCUUUGAAAAUGAAGCAGGAAUUGGACUGACUCCUUCCGGAAGCAUUCCACUGAUAGAAUUAAAUGACAAUUCCAAAACUUACGAGACAAUAUCUUCAUUGUGUGGUAACGGGAAAGAACAUUACAAUGAUUGUACUGAAUUAGAUGCCAUCCUGCCCCCUCUAGACACUGGAACAAAAAUGGCUGAAGGCAAUGCUGCUGCCAGGUCAGAUGAGGAAGCCAUGGAUGCGUGUCAUCAUGUGAACCUUGAGGAAAGUUGUGUAUUGGUGGAUGUCGAUGAACUUCACUUUGUUUCCCAGAGGACAGUCAAGAACAGAUCAUACAAGAAAAAACUUCGUGAUGCUUUUGCUUCGAGGAUCAGAUCAGGAAAGAAACAGGAGUAUGAGCGGCUAGAACUUUUGUGUGGUGACGUUGUUACAGGAACCAACAAUCAAAGAGCAGGAAGUUUCCAAAUAUCCACUCUCUCUAGGGGCUUGGACUCAAAGAAAUUUCCAACUCAAGAUUUUUGCGAUUCUGACUGGGAAAUUCUGUAGAUAAAAUGGGAAAUAUGCUGUAAAUAACCAACCAACAACACUUUCUGCAGCCAUCUGUUAAAAGUAAGGUUAUGAAGAUGAUGCCAGUCUAUAUGAAUAAUUGUGGCCAAAGUGCCAUUUUAUAGUACAGUGUUGAAGUGGUGUAGGGUAAAACAAGGUAGACAGUAAAUCCAUUAGGUCUAAUGAAGAAAUUAGAGUAAUAUAUCUUCCAUAAAAUUGCCACAACCCCCAGUGGUUGGGGUGCAGAACUGGUACUAUGACAAUUCUGGAGGGCAGGAUAUGCUGCCCAGUCUGUUUCUAGUCAAAUCUUUGCUGUUGCCUAUUGUUAUUGAGCUGUGGUAAUUUUGCUUGAUCAA